AAAAAAAAAACCAGACAGCGACGUAACGUCAUUUCCGCCGUCAUUCUCCGGAAGUACAGUUAAUUUUUAUUCACGAGAAAAAAACAGCUGGUGUACGAAAAAAAGAAAGCGUCAAAAAUGCCAGCCUCAAAGCGAGGAACAGAGGAGCCCCUCGAUCCUCAAGCGAAAUUGAGGAGGCUGGAAGACAUUGGUGAAGCGCUCCAGUCCGAAACCACACCAGCAAUCAACAACAGGUCUCAUAAAGAAAUACAUUUGCAUGAAAUUACAGAUGCUGUUGCCCCUCGGACCAAAAGGAAACUUUCAGAAGAAGAAGCUACGGAAGGAAACCCAUCCAAGUCAUCACGACAGACUUCACCAGUCAGAACUACUCUAGGUCCACCCGUCACAAAACACUCAAGUGCCUUCUGUCGGGAAGCUCCGUCAGAUGAUUUUAAUACAGAGUUCAACGUCGACAAUACGCCCAGCGACGGCAGCAAGGACGGACUUUUCACUGAGAGCAAUGAGCAGGGUUUGACAAAAAAAUACACAAGCCGAAUACAAACCAAGCCGGCCUCCGACUCGCUGCAGGUGAGUGAAGAGUUACCGUCCCCUCCAGCAGAAUCUGUCCAGAAUGAGCACAGUUAUGGCAAAUCAUCAGACUCCAGUCUUGACAGCAUUUUGGACACUACAGAAAACACCACAAAGGAAAGUACGGGAGCCAACAUAAUAUUUACGCCUGAAGAAAAGGAGAGAAAAGAAGCGGACGACCAAAGGCUUCCUGCUAACCAUCCCCUUGCAUCGUCCUUGACGCAUUCGGAGGAUGCUGCUGCAGGUGGAGCUUCUGCUAUCAGAAGCCGGGCAGUGGGAACAUUUUGUUCCAGCAACGGAGAUGCACAUCUUGAAAAGUUAGUCUGUGAACAAAAUUGGCCGACUGAUUCCAUCAGUGAAUGUCUAGAAACGGUGACGAGUGUUAUAAAGCAGGAUUUAAUACAAAAUACAGACCAGGGAAAGCAUGAUGUGACGGUCAGUGGUGUCUUAAUGAGACUUAAUGAUGUAUCUGGUGAAGAUCAGAUGCCCCCAAACGCCAAUGCUGAAGAAAUUGUGUUGGAAAGUUGUAGUCCUGAGACAAUCGUUGAAGAAAGUUGUAUACCCGAGUCAAAUAGAUCUCCAUAUACUCAGGCAACAGAAACUGAAUCCGACCAAAACCCGGAGAGUCAUUUUAAAGAACUUCUAACUUCAGCAUCUGAGAAUCAGACGCAAGAAAAAACAAGUUUUACGGACACUGGUAGCAACUGGGAUCCUCGGAUUGAGAAAGUAACACAGUUUGAUAGAAUUCCAGCCAGUAAGAUUGAAGAUGAUGUGUGCCAAAUUGAAUUUGAGUGUCAUAAAACUCUGGAAAGUUUGCCUGAGGUGCUUUCAAAGAAGACCCAAGAUGUGCCAGAAGCAGUCCUUGCUGUGUGUUCAGUCGAGGAAAGUCUAAUGGAAACACCUGAGGUAACCGUAGAAGUAAUGGCAUCUGAUAUGAACCCAGCGAGUCAUACUGAAACAAAUCUAAGUGCAACAGAGUCCGACAGAAAACCAGACACACCGACCGAAAUGUUUUCGAUUUCAAAGGAAACUGUUCCCACAUCGCAAGAGGUCCUCGCUGAAAGUCACAAUGCAGAGGAUCAGAGAACGGCAAGUGGAACUCCAGAGAAUACAUCCAUUUUCUAUACCGCAGCUGAUGAAAAAAGGCAGACUGAGGUAACGUUCAUAGAUUUGCCAGUUGUGAAGAAAAAUGUUCCUGCACCACAAGAGGUCCUCGUUGAAAAUCUUAAUGCACAAGUUGAAGAAACUCAAAUAGAGAGCCAUGUUCAAGAAAUGUUAACAGUGGAGUACUGUCAUCAAUCAGAAAGUGGAAAAUGUGUAUCUGAAACUCAAUCACUUUUAAUGAAACCUACACCACCAGAGGUCAUGGUUGACCAGUUAACUGUUGAGCGUCAAGUUGAAGAGUUCCGUGGAACCCCUAAUAGUCAGACCGAAGAAAUGAAUCCAGUUUUAAUGGAGUCUGUUCAAAGCCCAGUCUGUCCUGUUGAAGACCAUAUAUUAGCAUCGCCUUCACUUUCACAAAAAACUGAAAACACUCCAAAAGAAGCCCUUAGCAACUGUUUUGUUACAGAGAGCCACGUUGAAGAACAUCAAAUGGUGUCCAAUGAAAAAAAUCAAACAGAACUGGAGGCUGGUAAAAACAUUGAAAGUCAUGUUAAAGAGUUGUCUCUUUCACAAAGAAGUGAACCAAAGCCACAGGUGGCCCUCAUAGACAGUUUAGAGGAACAUCAAGAUGUCCUCGGAGAUUGUUUUAAUGCAGAAAGUCAGAUUGAGAAGAAGCAUAUGGAAUCUCAUAAUAGAAUCAUCUCAAAUCCCUUUGAACAAAAGCAGGAGCAAGUCAACAAAAGCAUGGACGCAACUGAGGUGUCGACACCUCACUGUGAGUCGGCCGGCAAGCAAAACAGCACAAUGGAGAUGCCCCGUCAACAUGUCAUCAUCUCGCAGCUGCAGACAGAUGUGGAAAUGCCAUCGAAGGGAAGAUUAACCGCUACGUUGCUUCAGGAGGAAAUCAAUAAUCACUCCAGCCAAAAUGACAAUGAGGUUGCAAAUAAAGACUUGAAGAUUUUUAAUGCAGAAACGGUGCCAAAGGCAAACGUCCAGGAGAACCCUGAAGUUAGCGAUUGCACCACUGCUGUUACACGAAAAGAUUUAGCUCCUGCAAAUUUCAAGACCAGUGGAACCGAAGAACUCAAAACUGUUACGGAGGAAUCAGAAGAAGCACACGAGAGAGUCGAGGUGAACAAAGGUCAAAAUUUCAAUGUCUGUGACUAUGAAAACAAGUUCAAUUUGGACUCUGUAGCUACACCUGUGAGUCCAACUGACCUCCAAAUUCAAAGCACUGAAGAAUCGGAAAAUCCAAAAAGUCAAGCAGAACCAGAUGGGCACCCAACAGCAGACACAAUGUCUUCUGAAGUUCCCGUAGAAAGUCAAGCAGAACCAGAUGUGCACCCAACAGCAGACACAAUGUCUUCUGAAGUUCCCGUGGAAAGUCAAGCAGAACCAGAUGUGCACCCAACAGCAGACACAAUGUCUUCUGAAGUUCUCGUAGAAGAAAACCCGGAGGAUGCAAAGUUACUUGAUGCUCCUGAAAGUCAGGCAGAAGUAUCUGAAGAUAUGGAGUAUGAAGAUUCUGGUGUUCAAGAGAAUCAGACUGCAUUAUCAACAAAGACUUCUUAUGAGACACAAAAAUUGGAAAGUGAAAUGGUGGAAACCUCAAACUUGGAAAUACAUCAUGAAACGGAGUUGCUACAUGAGACUUCUCAAGAUGCCACAACAAAUCAUUCAAGUAGAAAUGACAUGGUGAAGUUGAAUCUUGAGCAUGCAUCACAAACAGCAUCAGCCCCAGUGGAUUCUGGCUCAGCAGGAAGCAACGAAAAGCAAGAGGGCGCAGAACAUAUGCUGAUCGUAUGUGAAAGUGAAACGGGUCCUGAUUUGACUGCAAAUGGCAGUCAUGGUAACAAGGGUACCACACAGUGUGUCACAGAAGUAGAAAUGGUAGCAGAAGAAGAUGACACGAAUAAGAAGGUCAGCAAAUCGACAGUUAUCGUCUCAAUCUUGGGGAACAAUAAGGUCACCGAAUUCAUCACCAGUGAUUCGAAUGCUUCCGUAAAUCAACCAGAGAUGGACAUACCAGCAACACCGGAUUGUAUCUCAAUCACAACUUCUACUGAGGAAAUACAAGUGCAGAAUGAAGACAUUGCUGAAGUUCAACUCAAGCAUGUGGUACCAGAAAUGGCAAACACUUCUAAUGCAGUGACAAGUGUCAUUCAACGUGAGGAGGCGGCUGAAGUUGGCCUUGAUCACAUUGUUUUGAAUGAACCUGUUCAUUCUUUAUUAGAAGAGGAGACGGCUUGCCAAGAUGAUGAAGCUACGGCAAAGACAGACGGCUAUCAUGACACUGUCGAAGAAACAGCUGGAAAUACUGAAGUCCAAGUUUUAGUUUUUGCCCAACCAACUGACACAGCUCCUGUCCCCACUAUUUCAGAAGAGCUGAGCGAUGCAAUAAGUCAAUCACAAGUUGAAAACCAGAUAGUGUACGAGCCUAUUAGUAGUCCAGAGAGUAUUGAAGAUGCAGAUGCUGGUAUGGCACCGGAGAAGCAAGUUUUUGUCUCUUUUGCGUCAAGUAUUCAAGACACGAAGGACGACUUGCCCAAUGAAUUCAUGGAGGCCAGUCAUUUCCAAUUGGAAAAUGACCAUAUGGCUAAAGAAGAAGGAUCAGUGGGCCAGAAAGCACUUGAAAUGGUGAUGGUCCCAUUGACAACCAUUUUUUCUGAGACUCGUGCAGAGGAAGAAUCGGCAAUGUUACAGGUUGAAGAUUUGGUGCCUUCGGAGGAUGUGCCAAGUACUCAACAGUCAACAGUCCAACCCAGCGGCGCCUGGAAAGCGGACUUUAAACCGAUGAUGAUGAUGGCUCAACACAUAAUGGAGGAAAGUAAGGCUAGUCCAUUGCCAGUGGAAAAUGACGAAAAAUCGACAGACGACCAUGCAGCAAUUGAAAUGGACGUACAACAGACCAUCAAAGUUCCAGGUCCAGACAGUAGUCCAGACAGCGACAAAGAUGGAGAUGCUGCCGUGGCUUUGGAGAGGCAAUAUUUGGCAUCAGACGAGGAGGUACAAAGUACUCAAGACAAGGCUAGUUAUUUGCACCCGGAUAAUAGCAGUACCACUAAAGAACAACGGACAGACAACCAAACCUCAGUUGAGAUGGAGGAAGUACAAUUGACCACCACUGUCCCAGAGCAUAAAGGAGAUGCCACCACUGAUUUGGAGAAGCAGGACUUGCUGUCUUUACAGGAAGUACCAAGUAUUCAAGACAAAAUGGACACACUCAUGAAUGAAAGCGCGGAAGCUAGUCAUUUGCAAGUGGAAAAUAAUGAAAGUGCUAAAGAACAGACAGAUGGCCAAGCAGCAAUUGAAAUGGAGAAACAACACUCUAUCCCAGUUCAGCAGAGUUGUCCAGAUAGCAACAAAGAUGGCCAAGUUGCCGUGGCUUUGGAGAAGCAAGUCUUAGUGUCUUCGGACGAUCUACCAUGUAAUCAGGUAAUAAAGGAGGACUUGUGUCCUAAUAAAAGUGAAGAGACUCAUCGUUUGCAACUAAAAAAUAAGACAACUGCAGACGAAUGGACAGUCCAAGCGGUAGUUGAAAUGCAGGUCGAAAAUACAACUAACAUUUCAGAGACUUGUCCACAGAGUAACCGAGCUGCAGAUGUUGUUCUGGGUUUAGAGAAGAAAGAAUUUGUGUCUUUAGACAUGGAGGGCAACUUGCAACUGGUAAAUGAGAAACCUGCUGAAGAAGAACAGACAAAUUGCCAAGCAGCUUUUGAAAUAGGUGUGCAAGAGACCUCCACAGUUCCAGAGACUAAUCUAGAGAGAAACAGCAAUGGAGAUAGUGCUUUGGCUUUGAAUAAGCAAGAUUUGGUGUCCUCAGAGGAUGUAGCAAGUAUCCAAGAUGUGAAAGAUGACUUGCAUUUGGAAAACGAGACAUCUAAUAAAGAACCAACAGAUGGUAGUGUGGUUGUCGCAGAUGUUUCUCAACACUUGCAGGAUGAUCUUCCUGCUGUGGACCUGCCACAUGAUACAUCUGACGAAUAUGUAAUUCUCAAGCCAGUCUCAGAUAGCAACAUACACUUAGAUAUUGUCUCCCAAGCUGCCGUCGCGUCAGGUCUGUCUGACCCCAGUUUGGUGAACCAGGUGGAUCCAAAUUCUACCUUUGACGCAAUAAAUGGACCUCAACAGACCGGCCUUUUGAAGACUGAAGAGCCACCCCCUGAUGUCAAAGUUGAUUCAGUGAUACCUUCAAGUGAAGAGGCAAAAGAUUUACCUGCACCACCUUCAGAAGAACCUUUUGAGUCAACUCCAGACAACUUCUCUCAACCACCAUCUGUCAUGGUUCAAACGACCAACUCUGAACCUCAAGAUGAAAAUGUUGUGGCGACAGAGGACAGCGGGGAAAACGUUGCCCUCCAGGAAUUACAAAUUCUGGAGGACAUGGAGAUCGGACAUGAGAUCGUUGUGGUUGAGGUUGAGAACGAAGAAGACCCUGACGUUACGAUAAUAGACAAAGCCGACACUCAAACGCCUUCUCUUCAAAAGGCAGUGGAAAAGACUGAAAAUGAAGAUGUAUUGAAGACCAACAAUUCCUUUUUAAAGCCCGACAUUGACACCGAAAUACUUCUUGAGAAACCCAAGAAGCAAGAAAUGAACACCCAGGCCAGAACCAAAGCGCGUCUGGCUGCUCUGGCAGAGCAGAAAGCGGCCGCUAUGAAGAGGACGGCCAACCGGCAGCAGCUCAAUCUUUUAGCGUUGUGUCAGGAAAUUGCUGAGGACAUAGCCACAGACAGCACGCUGUUAAAGAGGAUUGAAGAGGAAAAACAAGCAGCGGCCAAAAGCGAAGCUGCCAAGAAGGAAAAUCCACCUAUGAGCACGCAGGAACAGGCCCUUGUUGACGUCAAGCCUCCUGCUGAACCCGAAAGCUCCUCAGCGCAGAGCCCCCCUGCUGAGGAGCCCCCUGCGGCGCAGCCUGCCAGUGCUGAAUCCAAGCUGGCAGAGGAUCCGCCAAAGAGGCGUUUCUUUGUCUCCCAAGUUUCCGUGCCUCUGAAGGCCCACGAGAAGAAGAAGCUAACACGAUAUCAAAGAUUAAGACAGGUAGAACUGCAAAGGGAGAAGAUGUCAUGGGCGCGCAUGAAAAAAAUGAAGUCUGACCAGGCAAAUCAACUGUUCUCUGACAUGGACUGGCAAGUUUCGAUGUUACCACCUGCUCUGUUUUCCAUCAAUGCCAUGACCACUGACCCUGCACCCAAAACCAGUUCGGCCCCCCUUCCAACUCCCACCUUAAGUAGCAAACCGGCAUCCCCCAAGCCAGAAGCUCCUGAGUCUCUCAAGAGUGAAACUAAAGCACCUAUAGCGGAUGCCCCCAAGACUGAACCAGAAAUCAAAACAGAACCCCCAAAAACAGAAAGUCCUCCGAUUGAACCUCCUAAAGCCGAAAUCACGAGAGUAACACGGCAAAGCAGUAAGGCUCAGAACCCUCAGGUCACCCCUCCAAAUCCCACCCCAAAAGUCACCAGGUCGUCCACCAGGAGGUCUCUGCCGGCUGUCCCCCCACCCAUGCCCAACGGACUUAAGGCGUCAAAACCACAGCCUGUCGAGUACAAGCCAUACAAACCGCGUCCCAGGUAUUCACCUGAUGAUUUUGAACUUGAUGAUGACCCGUUACCGACGCCUCCAAAGAGGGUUAUUCCUCUACCUAGGCUUAACCAGUCCCCCAGUCAGUCACAUCCACUGGCCCAGUUGAAAGCCACACUUCAGCAAUCCAGCCAGGCAAAACUUAAACACUCAACCACCUCUGCUGGAUCAAUUCCAUCACCAUGUCAAUCAAAGCCCACCAUUCCAACCUCAGCUCAGUCCAAACCCACCUGUUCUCCCGGUCCACACCUUCCCGUUGCCUCAAGUGCCCAGUCAAAAACAUCUGUCACCUCUGCUCCCGCCAAACCGUCUCCUUCAGAUGCGGUUCUGAAAUCGAAACCCGCUUUGGCUGUGACUCAGCCUGUGUCGGUUUCACCUCAACUAAAAACAGCUGGCCUUGCCCCAGCUCAGAACAGCCAGUCAGUGGCUUCAAACACAUCCCAGAUAAAGCCUGGCAGUCCUCCAGCUGAUGGCGUUGCAGGUCAUGCCAAAACCCUCCAGGCUCUGCCAGCAACAGACAAGGAAAGCAAGGCUACUGCUGCUUCAAGUCCACCUAAAAGCCCCCCUCCUCCGAAAGAGAGCUCAAAUCCACCUGAUGCGCAGCAAUGUGAAGGAGAGCCUGCAGUUGCUAAUCAGUGCCAAAAGACCGAUACCUCCAAGACAGUCCAGGAUGGGCAUGCAUCAGAAACAUCCUGUCAAAACGGUGCAGUGAAGCAGAAAGACAAAGCCACUCUGCAAAGAGAAGUGAGGAAACUUAAGGAGGCGGACAAAGAUGACAGCCAAACUAUUAUUGAUGCAGGACAGAAGCACUUUGGAGCUGUGGCCUGCAGCGUAUGCGGGAUGCUGUACUCUGCCGCCAACCCCGAGGACGAAUCACAGCAUUUGCUCUUCCACAACCAAUUCAUCAGCGCUGUAAAAUAUGUGGGCUGGAAAAAGGAGAGGAUCCUGGGAGAAUUUCCCGACGGCAAAAUCAUCCUGGUUCUGCCUGAUGAUCCCAAAUAUGCUCUCAAGAAGGUGGAAGAGAUAAGGGAGAUGGUGGACAAUGAUCUCGGCUUCAAGCAGGUGGGUACAAAGUGUCCCUCCCAGACGAAAACCUUCCUCUUCAUCACCAACGACAAGAAAGUGGCGGGAUGCCUCAUAUCCGAGCACAUCAACGAGGGCUACAGGGUGAUCGAGGAGCCCCAGCCAGAUGGCUCGGAGGGGGAGAAGCUGAUGUUUGAGCGGCAGAGGGCGUGGUGCUGCUCCACCACGGCCGAGCCGGCGCUGUGCGGGAUCAGCCGCAUUUGGGUGGUGAGCAUGAUGAGACGCCAAGCCAUCGCCUCGCGUUUGGUCGAGUGCCUCAGGAACAACUUCAUCUUCGGUUCGUACCUGAGCAAAGAUGAGAUCGCCUUCUCGGACCCAACGCCCGACGGCAAGCUCUUCGCCACUCACUAUUUUGGCACCUCGCAGUUUUUGGUGUACAACUUUGUCAGCGGCACGCACCCGAACCAGCCCAAAAGUGACUCGGUAUGACGGUCGAGCCCGGAGGCGACGCCGGGAGUUGUCACCCCCUCGGCAAAAAACGUCUGAUCCACCUCCGUUUUUUCUCCCCACAAAAUGGACACGCACGUGCGCCUUGGUUCCAAUCUCAGGGUGAACAAAUUCACACUUGAUGUACAAAAAUUUGAUUUAUUUUCAAGCGACAUCUGGUGGAAAAUACCAAGGAGUAUUGGGGCAACCCUGAAAAGAAAAUAAUUAUCACACUACAAGAUUCAAGGCGUAAUUCAGGGCGAGAAUAAAAUUGAAUAUUUUCAAGCUAAAACUCUACCGUGUAUUAAGUUUUAUCUUGAAAAUAAUACAAGGAAAACAGACAAAUCUAUUCUCAGAUUACUUUAAUAUCAAAUAUGUACACCUCAAAUGUUCUACUUGUUUUCUCAAAUUUGACUUUGAUAUGACUAAACUGAAAAAAAAAACAUCUAUCUAAAAAAUAUGCACCUAUUUUGUUCAAAAAUAACGACUUGAAAAUAUACAACUUUUUAUCUUUAAAAUGUACAGCCCAAUUUAUUUUAGUUUCAAUCAGAAAAAUGUACAACUUUUUAUCUUGAAAAGUAGACUAGCUCGAAAAGGAUUUUUUUCUUUUUUUUUUAUCUUGAAAAUAUACAAGUUUAUUCUCGUAAUACGAUUUUGUUCUUGAAAAUAUUACCGGUGUUUUUCUUUUGAAAAUAAAUGACUUUAAUCUUGUAGAUUUUUCCCCCAGUGAAGCCCUAAAACUACUUCAGAUAAAAUGAAUCAUGUCCCUUUUAUUAUGAUUACUGUUUUACAUUUUUAUUCGUGUGCAUUAACAUGUGCAUGGUGUUUUCCCAUCAAUUGCUGCUCACUUUUUAAACCUUUUUUCCACCUCCAUCAUAGUUUGUCACAACAUUUCACACUAAAAAUUUUUACAACCAAAUAUCUGAAGAAGAAUUGUUUCGAAGUGUAGCUGGGGCUAUUUUUUCAAAUAUAUUUUUUAGACUACAUUACUUGUUAUUCCAAACUGAGCCAUAUACUGUCCGCUGUUAAAGCGACGAGGCAUUGUAACCCAAACGUUUUUUUUUUUUACCCCCACUCAACACAACGGUUUGUCAAUUACGCUUUGAUGUUGUGCCUGAAUUUAAGUGGCUUAUUUUAUUUUUACCUAGUGCUCAGUAUCAUUAUCCUUUUCCUUGAUAACUUACACUGUACCAUAUAAAAUGGGUAUGUAGAUAAACACGCACUAUAACAUUUGUAAUAAACAAUGUGGGAAGUC